UAUAUGGAGGGGAGUACCGUCCUAAAUUGCCACGCAUCCCAACAACAAGUGCAGAUCUGAUGUUAAGACAAGAAAAAACACACCCAUACAGUUCCCUUCCACGUGUCCUCCACCGAUCGCACCCGUUAAUAUUAAAGCCACACACAAAACCUGCAUCUUCUCUUUGUCCAUUUUACAUUUACACUCAAAAAUGGUAUCUUCAUCACCUGCUCCUUCUUCUCCGGGUCGUAGGAACCCGAUCCGAGAAAUACUGGGUAUCGGGUUCUGGGUUCAAGGAUUCAGGUGCUUUCCAUGGAUGGCGGUUAACUUUUUCUUGAAAGAUGGCUUAAAUGUUGCCCCUUCCACUCUUCAGCUUCUUCAGAAUUCUGCUAACCUUCCUAUGGUUGGUAAGCCUUUCUACGGCGUCGUUUCUGAUGCUGUUUAUAUCUCUGGCCAGCAUCGUAUUCCUUAUAUUGCCUUUGGCGCUUUCUUGCAAGCAGUCUCGUGGCUAGCUCUUGCAAUUAUGCCACCUUCAAGCCUCUCAAUCUUCUGUAUCAGCCUAUACCUUCUCCUGAGUAAUCUUGGUGCCUCAAUAGCUGAGGUUGCAAAUGAUGCCAUUGUUGCAGAAUUAGGAAAGCAGCCAUCUUCCUCUUCUAAAAAAUCACAAUCACCUUCCACAGAUGAGCUCCAGUCAUUUGUUUGGAUGGCUUCCUCUGCUGGUGGUGUGCUUGGGAACCUUCUAGGCGGUAUUGCUAUUACUAGGUUCUCCCCUCAAGUUAUGUUUCUCUUUUUCAGCCUUAUACUUGCUCUUCAGUUUUUUAUAACAAUUUUUGUUCGGGAAAGGUCUCUUAAUCUCCCCAAAAAUUCAUCUAAUGUUGGGAUUAGGAGACAGCUUUCGCAGCUCUCUCUUGCACUAAAGAAACCUGAGAUUGCUUAUUCAAUAUCAUGGUUUGCUGCGUCUUAUGCUAUAAUUCCAGUGCUGACCGGAACCAUGUUCUUUUAUCAAACACAACAUUUAAAAAUUGAUUCAUCUUUACUAGGGAUUUCUAAGGUUUUUGGUCAAGCUGCAAUGCUUUUAUGGAGUGCUGUCUACAAUAGUCAUUUGAAAACUAUUCCAGCAAGGAAACUAAUUGCGGCUAUUCAGGCAACAAUGGCAGUGUUCAUGGUUUCUGAUGUGUUGUUUGUGAAGGGAUUCUAUCGAAAUAUGGGGGUGCCAGAUUCACUGUAUGUUGUAGUUUUCUCAGGACUUUUAGAAGUUCUGUUCUUUUUUAAGAUUCUGCCUUUCAAUGUUGUAAUAGCACAGCUCUGCCCACCAGGAUGUGAGGGAUCUUUAAUGGCACUUGUGGCAUCUGCUAUAGCCCUUGCAUUCAUAGUGAGUGGAUAUCUUGGUGUUGCACUUGCAUCAUAUGUUGGGGUCACGGGAGAUGAUUUUUCAGGGUUUCCCCGCGCGCUUCUGAUACAGGCAGUAUGUACACUUUUGCCAAUUUAUUGGUCAUCAUGUGUGCCGGAUGAUAAGAAGCCCAAAACUUGGAAGAAGAAUGAGUAGUCAGACUGGUUUGGAGAUUCAAAUGACUUCUUUUUUUUGUAGGGGGCUUUAGAAUACAUAUAUAUAUAUAUAUAUUCUUCUGUCGCAUUCUUCUUAAAUUAUUGAUUAACAAAUAAUAUAUAUAGUUUAACAUAUAGUUGUAGUCGUAAAGCAAUUCAUAUAUGUAUUUCAAAUAUCAUAUGCUCAAAGAGCUGCUUAGUGCAAAAUGUGCAACAGUGACUUCUUUUCCGUCUGAAUGGAAAUGUAAAUGUAAAUGCUUUUUUGAUUUA